AUGUCAUUUCUGGAUGACGAUGUAGUUGGCCUAAUUGCUGACAAGGUUUGUGAGAAAGAUGAUAGAAAGUCCUUCUCCGAGGUCUGCAAGCAAUGGUGUAGAGUAGAAGGUCUAAGCCGAUCAUCACUUACGGUCUACCAUAACUGGCCCGGUUUGCCCCUUGGUGCACUAACUAGAUUCCCAAAUGUAGUCGAUUUGGAAGUAAAGUAUGUUAGGACUGAGGCCGACCUUGAAUUCAUAGCCCAAACUUGUCCUAGACUCGAGAGCAUUACGGUCCACUCCGAUAUCCGUAUAGAGAGUGAUGAUAUUGUUUUGGGGCCAAAAAGUCUAGUUGCUUUGGGGAAUGGGUGUCCAAAAUUGUCCAAAGUUAAGCUUGUGGGGAGGGAAGCAGUAGGGGAUUCGGGAGUUGUGACGCUUGUUCAUUCAGCACGUAACUUGAAGGCUCUGGUUUUGGCAUGCGAUUUGUGGAUCUCUGAUGAAGCCUUGAGAGCCAUUGGGUAUGCAUCUUCCAUUAGCACGUUGAAGUUGCCAGGGUCUCGCAUUAAGGAUGUGGAAUUAGGUGUUUUAGCAAAUGGGACACCUUCCAUUAGCACUUUGGAGUUGGUAAGGUGUCGCAAGAUUACAGAUGUGGGAUUGGGUUUUUUGGCAAAUGGGUCUAUCUCGAAAACCCUCAAGAAAUUGGUCCUUGAUGGCUGCAACAAAAUCACUGAUACUGGAGUCCAGCUUUUGCGGAAAAUGUGUAGCUUGGAGCACCUAGAUUUGUCUAACUGUGGGAGUAGAAUCAGUAAUACUGGAGGUGUGGCAAUCUCUGCAAUUCAAACCCUCAGGGAAUUGCUAUUGGUUAAUCUUCAGACCGUGUCAAACAGUACCAUGGUUGCUCUCGCAUGGAACUGCCCCAACUUGGAAAUACUUGAUUUACGGGGCUGUAAAGCUGUAACAGGAGCUGGCAUUCGUGCAUUUUCAGGUCAUAAGUGUUUGAAACGCCUUGUAUUGCUUAACUUACCCUUUCACAAUUUUAAUGAAGCUGAUUUGGAAAGCAUAGCCCUUGGAUGCCCGUUGUUGGAGUCAGAAUCUGUUCUGGUGGACAAUGUGAUUAAAGUGGUGCACGACAACACUCGAAGAGUCGUCAAGUUCAUUAGUAUAUUCACACCGUCCUUCAGAUUGAAUAUUGAGCAGAUGGACAUGUACAUUUUCAAUAAUUUGUCAACAGAGAGCUCAUGUUUCCAGAACCAUAGGUUGGCAAUCUCUGCAAUUCAAACCCUCAAGGAAUUGCAAUUGGUUGAUCUUCAGACCGUGCCAAGCAGUACCAAGGUUGCUCUUGCAGAGAACUGCCUUAACUUGGAAAUACUUGAUUUAUGGGACUGUAAAGCUGUAACAGGAGCUGGCAUUCGUGCAUUUUCAGGUCAUAAGUGUUUGAAACGCCUUGUAUUGCUCAACUUACCCUAUCACAAUUUCGAUGAAGUUGAUUUGGACAGCAUAGCCCUUGGAUUCCCGUCAUUGGAGUCAGAAUCUGUUCUGGAAAACGAUAGGAUUGAAUUGGUGCACUACAGAACUAUAAUAGUCGUCAAGUUCAUUGAUAUCUUCAUGCGGUCCUUCACAUUGAAUGUAAUAUUCAUGCAGUCCUUCAGAUUGACUGAGCAGGUGUAG